AACCCUUUAUAUCCCCCCUCCCCCCCAUCUUAAUAUUGUACAACCAGUACAGUCCGGAUCAUUCUCUGUUAUCAAUUAUUGGUCUACAGGAAACCUGUAUAGAUCACAUGACCAAUGAGGAUGGAGGAGGACCGGAGUCACAUGACCGAGAGGAUACUAAACCUCACCCUGGAGAUCAUUUACCUGCUGACCGGAGAGAGAUUUCCUCUUUCUGAAGUCAGGUGAUCAUAUGACCAUCACAGUGCCUCCAUGUGACUCCCUAAACCCUAAGAGACACAACAUGCAGAAGAUUCUAGAAGUCACCAAGAAGAUGAUGGAGCUGCUGACAGGAGAGGUUCCUAUAAGGUGUCAGGGUGUCACUGUCUAUUUCUCCAUGGAGGAGUGGGAGUAUUUAGAAGGACACAAGGACCUCUACAAGGACGUCAUGAUGGACAAUCAGCCGCCCCUCACAUCACUGGAUGGAUCCAGUCAUGAGAACCCAGCAAGAGAGAUGUCCCCGUCCUCUGUAUUCCCGGGAUUCCACACAGGAAGAUCACACCAUCCCUCACCAUCAUCGGGUAGAUGGAUCCAGUCAUGGAAACCCACCAGCGAGAUGUCCCCGUCCUUUGUAUUCCCUGGAUUCUACACAGGAAGGUCACACCAUCCCUCACCAUGAUCAGGUAGAACGAUCCAGUCAUGGGAACCCACCAGCGGGAUGUCCCUGUCCUCUGUAUUCC